AUGGCUGGUGGGGCGGCCUCGAUGAGUCCUACGAGCCCUGUCAGCUCCCGCCAUGGUCAUGGCCAUGGGAACAGCAAUGGCACCAACAAGCGCAAGAGGAGCAGCAUGGUUGGCAUUGAAAGUAGCCCAGGCAGUAAUCUUGACGAUCACGAUGCUGAGCAGGAGAAGAAGCGCCAGCCUGGCGUCAAAAGGGCCUGCAACGAGUGUCGACAGCAAAAGCUCCGAUGCGACGUGGUGCAAGACCCUUUCCAAAGUUGCUCUCGGUGCAAUCGCCUGAAACUAGAGUGCAAAAUUGAAUCAAACUUCAAGAGAGUAGGCAAAAGAUCCAAGCACGCCGAAAUGGAGAAGGAGAUCGAUCGACUGCGUCGCAGUCUUGCUCACGCAAAGUCUCAGGGCUUCACUCCAGAAGCAGAUGACGAUAUGGACUCUCCCAUUGCUGCGAGUAACCCUACCUAUACUCACACUCACACCCGAAAUCCUUCUUUAAUGGGUUCUGACGAAGCUGUCUCGUCCCUGCUUCAUCUCAAGCGCGGCGGGAACUACAACGUGCCACGAUAUUCACACGAACUAGAAAACGUCAAGCUAACGGAAGAAGAUGUCAACAACCUCUUCCGACAGUUCUGGGCUUUCUACCAUCAAUUCCUACCCUUCCUCAACCCUUCACAGGCACCUGAUCUCUUCUACCAACAGCAUCCCCUCCUCUUCUGGUCCAUUAUCUCUGUUGCUGCCCGACGAUACAAUCCACCAAGCACAAACGAUCUGCUCAACAAUCUCUCGGGACCUCUGACACGUUUCUUGUGGUCAACGAUAGGAGAAGUCCCGAGCAACUACUACGUGGUCAAGGCCAUGUGUCUGCUGUGCACAUGGCCACUACCCACAAGUACGACUUCGUCCGACCCUACGCACAUUUUGUGUGGAGUAAUGAUGAAAACAGCUACUGGAAUAGGUCUGCACCGGCCCAAUAAUAUCCAAGACUUUUCUAGGGUGUCGGUUGAGUUGAACAAGGAACAACUCAAUGACCGUGUGACAACGUGGGCGGUUUGUAACAUUGUUGCGCAGUCUGUUGGAACUGGCUACGGCCAGCCAGCAUCAACUCUUUAUGACUGGACUCUGGCCUCACGAGCCGGAGAAGAGAGUGCUUUCCAACUAUCACGAGAUUUAGAGGCGCGGCUACAGAUUGAGAGAUUCUGUGACAAGGUAUCGAAGGAGAUGUACAGCAACGCUAGCGAUCCCCGUGGCGUUGCAGGAGAUGAACACCGGGCAAUGCUGAUGCGUGUCUAUCGUCGAGAUUACGCAGAGUUGAAUGCUUCUAUCCUUUCACAGGGGCUGGGCCCCAUUGUCUCAUUGCAUCUCCGGGCAGCAGCUCUUCACAUGCGCUUGGCCGGUUUCUUCGAUUCCAGUAAGACCCCAGGCUAUAUGGAUGAUCUGAUGGGCCUAUGGCGAGCCACUGUCGCUUUUCUCGACGAAAUUCUCGAAGUUGAUCAAGCCACUAGUCCCCGGGACGGCGUCGGCGGACACUUACUUCUUCACUGCAGUAACUACAUCGGACAGAUGAUGGUUGCAGCCGGCUUUGCCCUUCUCAAGCUCAUGAGGUCGUUCUUUUCGAAGACUAUAGACUUCCAGCGAGGUCGAACCCUCUUUCAUCAGACGAUCCGGGCUAUCCGGGCUACCAGUGUUGUUCACAAUGAUCUUCAGUGGCGUUUGGCUGAACUCAUGGUGCAGAUGUGGAACGGCGCUCGACUCGAACACAAUCAACAUAACUUCAACAAUAACGACAACUCGCCGAUCCAGAUGGAUGACAGCCUCCAGCUCAAGGUUCGAUGUCGUCACAGCAUGAGCCUUGUAUUCGAUUCAGUCUGGAGGUGGAGGGAGGACUUCCAGGCAUCGGGGCGAGGUACUAUAGACUCUGCCAAACAACCGACAAAUCCAGAUUCGGCUAAUGAGUCUUCAGCAUCAUCAACACACAUGGACAGCACUCUCGUACCGUCUCACACCCUCCCGCCUUCGAGUCUGCUCAGUACCAACAACACUCACAACAGCAACCCCAACUCGAACGGCGCCCUGACACCGGGGGCCACGGGACUCUCAGCUGUAUCGUCAGCUCAUAGUAUGAUGGCUGGUGUCAGUUACGGAGAUGCGGCCAACUACGACUUCUUCGACCCCCAGCACUGGAUGUUGGACGGUCUACUUGACUUUAACUACUCAUACGUGCCUCCCUUGGAAGGCGCCUAG